GUUUCCGACAAUUGCAAAAAAAACAGCGAACUACAGUGUACAAUGGAAGAAAAUAGCGAGACGAAUUGCGAACAGAACUACGAUGCGGUGAACGACUACGGUGUACAAGGAGCAAAUCCCGAAACGGCCAGAGCGGAAAAUCCCCACGAAGAGAGAGACGACUUUUUACCAGACUGUGAUGAAACAAAGAAGCCAUACAUCGGCCAACGUUUUGACACAAUAGAUGAUGUUGUGCAAUUUUACAAACAGUAUGCAUCUUUGGGAGGUUUCGAUGUAAGAUGCAGCACAAUCAGGAAGAAUCGAGACGGGGAAGUAGAAGUCAAGUAUUUGUUGUGUUCUAGGGAAGGGCACACAGUCAGCGAAACAAAUGGGUCCAAAACUGCUAGUGAGGACAUCACACCAAACACAAACACCCGACGACGAGUAUCAAACUGGGUGGGUUGUAAGGCAAGAUGUGGCAUUAAGCGGCGCAAAGAUGGAUACUAUGUGGUGACCAUAUUGCAAGAACAACACAACCACCCCCUCUGCUCAGAAUUAGCAAGACCAUUCCUGAAGAUAAACCGUACUUUGGAUAUUGGACAUCAAGAAUUCAUAGCAGCCUGUGCAAAAGCCAACAUAGGGACAUCAAAAGCAUUCGACCUAUACAAAGAACUAACAAGUGGUUUUGAUCAAAUUGGGGCAACACGUGUGGACUUUAGAAAUUGCAGAAGAGACGUAAAUGCACAGCUACAUGAAGCCGAUGCGCAAGCAGUGAUAGACAAAUACAGGCAAAAACAGAUAUUGUUUCCAUCCUAUACAUUCGAGUAUGAUGUAGACGAAGAAAACCGACUACGAAGACUAUUCUGGGCUGACCCAAUAGCCAAAGAGAACUACAAACAUUUUGGAGAUAUGGUUUCUUUUGAUGCUACAUACCGCACCAAUAGUAUGUGGCACAUCAUGACAAAAUUGGGAGAAAAGGCGGGUGCGAAAUUAGCCAAAGACGAAACAUUCAGGAAGAAAGUAAAUGCAGUGGUGUGGAACGAAUCUCUAGGGCGUGAAGAUUUUGAGACAAACUGGCACGCAGUAAUGGUAGAGUACGGCCUAGGAAACAACAGUUGGUUCACACAACUGUUUGACGGGAGAAAGAAUUGGAUAGAUGUAUACUUCAGCGACGUUUUCAUAGGUGGACUUAUGCGAACAACAUCAAGGUCCGAGGGCGAAAACAGUAUAUUUGGAGCAUGUAUCAAUAAGGGUGGAACACUAUUAGAGUUCUUCACACAAUUUGAAAGUGUGAUUGAAACACAACGUCACAAGCAAUCACAAUUAAUUGCAAAGUCUGAAGCCUCAUUCCCACCUACAAAGACACCACUAAUGAUUGAGAAGCACGCAACAUCCAUAUACACAAUUACGAUGUUUUACGAUGUCCAAACAGAGAUACACGAAGGGUGCUUCUCAUGCAAGAUCACAAACAAAGACCACGAAGGAGAUAAGUAUGUGUACACAAUAAAGGAAGAGCAAACAAGGAAUUUUACAGUGAAAUAUGAAAGAGCAAACAAUGAAGUCGAGUGUUCAUGUGGCAAGUUCACCAAGUUGGGGAUUUUAUGCAGGCAUGCAUUUGUAGUUUUAAAGGAUGAGGAUGCAGAAAGGAUACCACCAAAGUACAUAGUUCCAAGGUGGACCAAAAAUGCAAGGGCACACAACACAAGCUCAGUCGGCACAGACCAAAGUGCAACAUGCAAUAAAGAAGCAGAUGGCGUGAAACUAGCAGCACAACUGUGGAAAGAAUUCUACAACUACAUGGCACUAUCAAAGGGGGACAUGCCAGAGAUGAAAGAAAUGUUGAACUUUAUGCUGGAACACAAAGGUAAACUGUUAAAGAGCAAAGGGAAGACACAGAAUAAAAGCAACAACAGUCAGUUACUGGAGACCUUUUAUGGCACACCUGCAAGCACUACCAUAACAGUGAAGCCACCACAGAUAUCAAAGAACAAAGGAAGCGGGAAGCGUUUAAAGAGUGCACGCGAAAAAGCAAUAGAAAAGAAGAAGAAAGAUGGGCGGAAGUGUCAUUAUUGUGAUGAACAACCAGCCCGACAUGACUUCCGUAAUUGUCCCCUCAACCCAAACAAAAAGAAGAAGCAAAAUAAGAAACUGAAGGCAUAG